AUGGCCGAUCCAUUUGCGCCUCGCUCUAUGAAGCGAAAGAACGUCAAGGGUCUCGCCUUGACUCCCGCAGCUCCCAAACCUCCACCAACUGCCGAGAAUGCCAACUUCGGCGCCCCGCGAGGCAGGGACAAGGAUGACGAUCAAACGGCGCAGUUGGAAAUUGGAAUCGAGUUCAACCUUGACUUACGGCCUGAAGAUCUAGACUUCCUCAAAGACUUAGGCUCAGGAAAUGGUGGCACAGUUAGCAAAGUCAGGCAUAUCCCAACGAAUACGGUGAUGGCACGAAAGGUCAUUCACGUCGAGGCGAAGAGAGAGAUGCGCAAGCGUAUAGUUCGUGAACUUCAAAUCAUGCACAGUUGUCACUCCGACUAUAUUGUGACAUUCUACGGGGCUUUCCUGAACGACAAUAACGACGUCAUCAUGUGUAUGGAAUAUAUGGAUGUUGGAGUUUCCAGAGUCUUCGGCCCCGUUCGAGUCGACGUCCUAGGCAAGAUCGCAGAGGCCACCCUCGGCGGGUUGACGUAUCUUUAUUCUAAGCAUCACAUCAUGCAUCGAGAUAUCAAGCCUUCUAAUAUUCUUGUAAACUCAGGAGGCUCGAUCAAGCUAUGCGAUUUUGGUGUAUCAGGCGAGCUUAUUAACUCUAUUGCUGACACAUUCGUCGGUACAUCCACCUACAUGGCGCCAGAGAGAAUUCAGGGCGAGAAGUAUACUGUGAAAUCUGACGUUUGGAGUUUUGGGCUCACUAUCAUGGAGCUGGCUAUUGGCAAAUUCCCCUUUGCCGCCAGUGAACAGCUGUCAGAUGCAGAGAGUGCGCCAGCUGGAAUUCUAGACUUACUCCAGCAAAUCGUACACGAGCCGGCGCCUAAGCUACCCAAGAGCGAUGCCUUCCCUCAAAUUCUUGACGAUAUGAUCCAGAAAUGUCUUUACAAAUCGCCAGAAGAGCGGCCGACACCACAAGAGCUUUUCGUCAACGAGUAG